UUUUCCACUCCAGAAAUUAAUGAUCAUGAGCUCGUAUUUGAUGGACUCUACCUACAUUGAUCCGAAAUUUCCUCCAUGCGAGGAAUAUUCACAAAACAGCUACAUCCCCGACCACAGCCCCGAAUAUUACAGCCGCGCAAGGGACCCUGGCUCUGGUUACCAGCAUCACCAUCAGGAGUUAUACCCUCCGCGGGCGAGCUACCAAGAGCGCCAAUAUAACUGUGCAAGCAUCCCUGAACCUGACACGCAAAGUGGACAUGGACUACCCCAUACUGCGCACCUGCUUGCAGGGAAAGGGCAGCCAGCCUCAUGUGAGACCCCACAGCUACCCAUGUCCCCCACCACCCCACCGACUGCAUCCUCCGCCUGCAACCAAGCUACACCGGAGCAUCCAAACAGCUCAGCCUCCUCCAAGCAGCCCGUGGUAUACCCAUGGAUGAAGAAAAUUCACAUCAGCACUGCGAACCCGAAUUACAAUGGAGCGGAUUCCAAGCGGUCUAGGACAGCCUACACUCGACAGCAGGUCUUAGAAUUGGAGAAGGAGUUCCACUAUAACCGCUAUUUAACUCGGCGGAGGCGCAUUGAGAUAGCUCAUACAUUGGUUCUCUCCGAACGACAAAUCAAAAUUUGGUUUCAGAACCGCAGGAUGAAGUGGAAAAAAGACCAUAGGCUUCCUAACACCAAAGUGAGAUCCUCCACCACGGGCGUAUCCUCCGGGUCCAACACAACCUCAUCAACCGGCGCUGUCGCCACUUCCUCGGCCACUGGUGCCAUUAUUCCAAAUGAACUUUCCGGAGGAGAGGAUGGCGAGGAUAUUACAACGUUAUAAGGCGAACAAAACAAAACACAAAAACACUUCAAGAAGGGAGAUAGAGAAAUGACUGAUUAUUUAUAGAAUAAAAUAAUCAGUCAUAUAGAAUAUAUUUUGUUUUCGUAGCUAUUUGUGUGGUUUCAUUUAAGUCCAAAGUUAUAUAAAAUGCAUGUUAUAUAGCAUGGAUUUAUGCGAAUACCGAUGGAUUCUUUUUACGCGACACAGGGUUUAAGUUAUUUCAUGCUGAAUCAAAAUGAUGUUUUUAUGAGAAAAUGUUUUGAAUGGAGGGGAAAAAAAUGUAGCCCUACAUUUGAUCUAAAUGUUAUGGUGGGCCAUUCGUUUGCCCUGCUGCCCAAGGUGAAAUGCACAAUUUAUUUAUUUCAAGCGGAACACUGGAAGAAUAUCAUUAUUAUCAUAGUUAUUUUUGGUAAAAAUGCUGGAACAUACCGAUGGGAACAUCGAUCUUGCAAGGUGAAUUACCUCGCGUAUUUCAAAAACAGGAUUUUGAAUUACAAUUUAGUUUGUGGUGUUUACGUUGUGUUUAGCAGGUUAUUGUAAAAUGCAAUAAACAGAGUUUAGUGUAUUUGUGAUAAUUAUAUUGGUCAAUAAAACAGUGAAUGUCUACUAGUUUUUGUUUCGUGUUUGGAUGGAUUUUAUUCAUGACCAAUCGAGGUCAAGUGUAAUUUCUUUUGAUAACAGAAGCUCAUCCUAUGAUGUGGUGAACGUUAUUUCAAAAUGUUAUGAAAGUCACAAUUGACCAAGUACUGUAUUUCCUUUAUAGUUCAGCCUAACAAAGCAUUAAACAUUUGUUUGGCAAAGUUGUCCGUUUGCAACGUAUUCCCCCUUAAUUUCUAAUACUCCACAAUAGACCUAAUCCUUAAUCCAAUAAUAAUCAAUGAUUCUAUUCCAAAUAAAGGGUUAUAGCCUGGCUGCAUGCGUCCUACCCUACAUGCUAGCUCAUUAGUCUCAAGGACAUUCAAUUAACAUGGCAAGCCAUUCAACCAGGCCCUCAACCAGACUCCCUCUGUAGAAUAGGCCAGUGCCUGACUUUCUGGAGCCCUGUUUCCUGCUCAUUACUGAACCUAUCGCUGCAUAUAACUCUGCAAAUCAGUAUCAUAAUGUCAAAAUAUGACCAAAUAAUAAUUUGUGUUGAUGGUAUGGGUUGCUAUUAAUUCCCCCUUUGCCCCAA